CUUCAGCUUCUCCAUUUACUGUGUUGUCAACAAGACUAACGUUACUUUGAACCGGUUACUUGCCGUUUAGGACGCUAUCAGCUAACUAGGUAUUUACCUCGUGCAAAUGGAUGACACUAGCGACAGAAACCGUAGAAUGUAUUUGUGUUUCAUUUUCCUACUAGCCACGUUCACCUAGCCAAUGUAGCUAUAUAGCGAGCUAACAUUUUGUAUAAAUAUCAGUUUAGUCAGCUAACGGUUAGAACGUUCGCGAGCCAGCUUCUGUCUAACAAAGCUCAUAUUCGGUGCUAAGGUUAGUUACUGAAUGUGAGGAAACUCGUUGCGACAUAUUUCGCUAGCAUGAGCUGGCUAUAUUUCUGCUCUCUAAAACGGCCUCUUUCUGUGCUAAGGCAGUUUGUGUGGACUUUCACCGUUCAAUUCAGUAUUUCACUCAUUUGUCAAAUAUUACCAAACUGGCAUUUCCUCUCUUCAGUGCCAGAUGACCUGGGAUUUGAUAGGCUGCCUGUGCUAUAUCUGGAUGUAACUUUAUCGUCUGCUGACUUCUAAUGUAUUCUACCUGCGCUGUUGAUGCUCUUUGUAGCUAUGAUUUUUUCUCCGAGCUUACACAGGCUAACGUUAUUACUUCGUGAUAAACCUGAUUUGUGAAUAUAGCUAGCUAUGAUAAGUGUCUACUAUUUGCCCGUGACCUUGAAGCGAACAGCUUGACAAUCAGCACUCGAUGCCCUUUUGGAAUUACGCACGGGCUAGGCUAAGGAAUUAGCUUUCAUGUAAAUCGCGUACAUCGGGGAAUGGCUGGCUGUCAUCUGGGAAUGUAGGUGAACGGUCACAGCGGGUGAAGAGUCUGCUAGCUAACUAAGUUACGUUUCUUGGAUAUACUGUCCAUACUUCAAGUGCAAUGUCUCUGGUUUUCUCACGCUCCAGCUCCACUGCUAUUGGCAAGAAGGACAAGAGACUCAUGGCUGAGGUGAACGCCUCCCCGCUCAAGCACUUUGUUACCGCCAAGAAGAAAAUCAACGGGAUCUUUGAGCAGUUGGCGGCCUACAUCAAAGAGAGCUCCGCCUUUCUGGAAGAUACCUAUAAGAAUGAGGAGCUGGACCCCAUCACCACAGAGGAGCAGGUGUUGGAGGUGCGGGGUUACCUGUCCAAGGUGGCAGGGAUCGCAGAGGUGCUGGCCCGCAGGCACAUGAAGGUGGCCUUUUUUGGGAGGACGAGCAACGGUAAGAGCUCGGUGAUCAACGCCAUGCUGUGGGACAAGGUCCUGCCCUCGGGCAUCGGGCACACCACCAACUGCUUCCUCCGAGUGGAGGGCACCGACGGGAACGAGUCCUUCCUCCUCACUGAGGGGUCUGAGGAGAGGAAGAGCGUUAAAACGGUGAACCAGCUGGCCCACGCGCUGCACCAGGAUGAAGACCUGGACGCGGGGAGUUUGGUGUGCGUCAUGUGGCCCAAAGCCAAGUGCGCCCUGCUUCGGGACGACCUGGUGCUGGUGGACAGCCCCGGCAUCGAUGUCACGACAGAGCUGGACAGCUGGAUCGACAAGUUCUGCCUGGAUGCUGACGUCUUCGUUCUGGUCGCCAACUCUGAGUCCACGCUGAUGCAGACGGAAAAGUCAUUCUUCCACAAGGUGAACGAGCGCCUCUCCAGCCCCAACAUCUUCAUCCUGAACAACCGCUGGGAUGCCUCUGCCUCGGAGCCGGAGUACAUGGAGGAGGUGAGGAGGCAGCACAUGGACCGCUGCACCAGCUUCCUGGUGGACGAGCUGGGCGUGGUGGACCGGGCGCAGGCGGGCGACCGCAUCUUCUUCGUGUCGGCCAAGGAGGUGCUCCAGGCCCGCGUGCAGAAGGCCCAGGGGAUGCCCGAAGCAGGAGGCGCACUGGCUGAGGGCUUCCAGGCCAGGAUGUUUGAGUUCCAGAACUUCGAGAGGAGGUUUGAGGAGUGCAUCUCCCAGUCGGCAGUGAAGACCAAGUUUGAGCAGCACACCGUGAGGGCCAAGCAGAUCUCAGAGGCGCUGCGCUUGAUCAUGGACUCUGUCCACAUCGCGGCUCAGGAGCAGAGGAUUCACUGCCUAGAGACCAGGGAGGAGCGUCAGGACCGGAUGGAGUUCAUUGACAAACAGCUGGACCUUCUGACUCUGGACUGCAAGAGCAAGAUAAAGCAGAUCACAGAGGAGGUGGAGAAACAGGUGUCCAAUGCCAUGGCUGAGGAGAUCAGGCGGCUCUAUGUGCUGGUGGAUGAGUUCCAUUUGGAUUUCCACCCCUCAUCGGUGGUUCUGAAAGUGUACAAGAAUGAGCUGCACAGACACAUUGAGGAGGGACUGGGCAGGAACAUGUCAGAGAGAUGCUCAACCGCCAUCACCUCGGCCCUGCAGACCACACAGACCGAGAUGAUUGAGGGCCUGAAGCCCCUCCUCCCGACCCCCGUGAGGGAGCAGGUGGACAAGCUGGUCCCCCGCCAGUGCUUCAGCCUCAGCUACGACCUCAACUGCGACAAGCUCUGCAGCGACUUCCAGGAAGACAUCGGCUUCCAUUUCUCCCUGGGCUGGACCAUGCUGGUCAACCGCUUCCUGGGGCCCAAGAACACGCGCCGGGCGCUCAUGGGAUACACCGACCAGGUUCCUCGGCCGCUGGCCAUCACCCCGGUCAGCACCAGCAUGCCCCCCUUCCCCCAGGGCUCCAUGACCCAGGAAGAGCUCAUGGUCUCCAUGGUGACUGGCCUGGCCUCCCUCACAUCCAGGACGUCCAUGGGCAUUCUAGUGGUGGGAGGCGUGAUCUGGAAGGCUGUGGGCUGGCGGCUAAUCGCCCUGUCGGUGGGCCUGUACGGCCUGCUGUACGUCUAUGAGAGACUCACCUGGACCACCAAGGCCAAGGAGAGGGCCUUCAAGCGCCAGUUUGUGGACUACGCCAGCGAGAAGCUCCAGCUGAUCGUCAGCUACACGGGCUCCAACUGCAGCCACCAAGUCCAGCAGGAGCUGGCGGGCACCUUUGCCCAGCUGUGCCAGCAGGUUGAUGUGACCCGGCAGAACCUGGAGGACGAGAUCAAGGACAUGAACAGCAAGAUUGAGCUGCUGGACUCCCUGCAGAGCAAGGCCAAGCUGCUGCGGAACAAGGCUGGCUGGCUGGACAGUGAGCUGAACAUGUUCACUCAGCAGUACCUGCAGCAGGGCCGAUAGAGGGCAAGAAGAAGAAAGUCUGCUUCUGAUUGGACAGACCUGCAUCAAGCCCCGCCCUCCUUCCUGAUUGGACAGACCUGCCUCAAGCCCUUCCUUCCUUCCUUCCCCCAGCGUUUGCCCCAAAACUGUGAAUAGUCCUCCUUCCUGCUUGGAACUUUAUACAACAUUCUCCUCCUUAAUUUAAGUAUAAGACCUUUUAUCUGUGCUUUUAUAGAGGAAGACACAUUUGAUACCAAAUAUCAUUCUGCUAUAAGAUAUGGGUCUAAAAGAUACUUGAUUCAUUUUUUGUUGUUGUUGUUUUUUUGUUGUUGCAUAGUACAUGCAAGUUAUAUUAAGAUGCCUUUUAAAGCCAGUGUAGGUCAUUUGUGCCACUUUGCAAAAAGGCAACCUGAAAAAGCACUAUUUUUGUUAUUGUGUAAAUACCACUUAUUUGUUUAAAACUAAUUUGCUGUUAAUAGGUCUGUGGCGUAUACAGUAAUUAUUUAUUCUCAUUUUAAUCCACGAGGUUUGGCGAAGUUUCAGUCCUGCUCACUUGCAAUGAAUCUACCUGCAUGCUAGGACAGACAGGUCAGUUGAUAUCUGUUCUAAAAGCCUUGUAUUUUAAAGAUGUUUGCUUGAUUUGGCAACUUCUGGUUCUGCGGAUGCAGCUAUGAACUAAGCCUUGUGAAAAGGCCGACGGGAGCGUCAAUGUACAAGCUCUUUCCCCCCCAGUCUACCAGUGCAGUGAUCAUGACGGGACUUCUGUUUAAAUCAGACACUUUCAUUGCUUUCCCCCUCCAGGCUAACAGCACCUCUUGUAGCGGAUGCUAGUUCUCCAGCUAAAAUAAUCAAAACUGUUCUGAUUCUGACUACGUUGUUGGUACAUCCCUGUGGUAGAACUGUGGGUGACUCUGUAACUAGGAAGUUAGGUGUGCAAAUGCUGCUUCGGCAAAGAGUGACGUCAGGUGUCUAGGACUCGUGAACGAAAUGUUUAGUCGUCAGUAUAGCAACGUGUCACUUGCUUUCUCAUUCUUGGUCCGAAGUCUUAAUUUUUCUCCAGCACUGUAGUUUAGGUACACUGUAAUGUUAAAAUGGUUUAGAAAUGUACGGGAUGUCCACAAGAAACAAGUAUCAGUUAAUGCAUUGUAAAGGAAUGGGAGCCUGGCUAUACAGCCUGUUUGAAAUAAUAAGGAAAAGGUAGUCACAGGUCUCUAACGCCUGACUGAAUAAAUGUACUCCCUGGAAGUGGAUCUAAAGCAUGUAAUUGAGCUUUUAUUAAAUGUACAGGCAAGUAGGAGCCAUUGGUUUGCACAGUAUCUUGGUAAAAUUCCUGUUUUAUUAACUGUCUCCAUUAGGUGCAAACUGAGGGACAGUCAAAUGCGUACAGUGAAUGAAGGGAAAUGAGUAGGAACAAAAUGGCGGCCUUAAACCCAUCUUUUGAGGUCACUGAAAUGAAAAAAAUGCACCCUGAUGUGAAGGAAAUUGGAGAUGAAAGGGGUCACGGUAUGACGUUAAGUGUAAUUUCUUACCUAGAUGAACAUUCAGGCAUGCACAUACAUUUCUGUUGCGUAGCUUGAACACUUCUCAUAUCGAAUGAAUACAUAGAGCCCCAUCCGAGGCUACCUAGCUGCACCGUAGAUGUCCUUGGGGUGCGUGGCUGAUUUGAGCGCUGGUGGUGCCAAGUGAUUCGAAUGAACCGGCGAGGAGGUCCGUUGAGAGUGGAGAUGAUGCACUUUAUGUUUGCUGAAUUUUUUUUUAAUGUAUUUGUAUUUUUGAUUCUGCCUCACGUGUUCUGUAUUGACCAAACCAGAAAGCGUAAAUGAAUUGCGGAUGGACGUGGACAUUUGAGGUGGAUUGUGAUUUGUAGACUUGCAUGCAGUGAUUGUCGUAUUCCAUUGUCUUGUCACAUUGAAUGUAAAAAAAUAACACAAUAAAGAUGAGAUCACAGUAAUAACA